AAACUUCCUGGUUGUGUACAGGUGACUAGAAGAGAGGCGGAGGAGGAGUGUGAGAGGAGCAGAGCCUGAUAAGUGGGCGCCAGGACGAGCCUGUACAUUCAGUGAGGACUGAGGAGAAGUGAGGACUGAGGAGAAGUGAGGACGGGAGGUGUGCUCUUCUACACAGUGCCCACACCGACAGGAGAGCCAAGGAGCAGUGCCAGUCACUUUCUUGUCUGACACAAACACAGGAGGCAGAGCAUGAGCUGAGCCUGUAAUGUUUACUCUCCAUACAUCACACCACUGAACUUCAUUGCUGGGACCCCCUACUACAAGGUGACCAUGAAUGAGAUGUCCAGCUUCCUCCACAUUGGGGACAUCCUCUCCCUGUACGCGGAGGGAUCGGUGUGCGGCUUUAUCAGCACCUUGGGAUUGGUUGAUGAUAGAUGUGUGGUGGAGCCAGCAGCUGGAGAUCUUGACAACCCACCCAAAAAAUUUAGAGACUGCUUGUUUAAGGUAUGUCCCAUGAACAGAUACUCUGCUCAGAAACAAUACUGGAAAGCUAAACAGGCCAAACAAGAAAAAGAAAAAAUAUCAGAUGUUCUCCUCCUUCAGAAACUGCAGCAUGCUGCUCAAAUGGAGCAAAAACAGAAUGACACAGAAAAUAAGAAGGUGCAUGGAGAAGUGGUUAAAUAUGGAAGUGUGAUACAGCUGCUGCACAUGAAGAGUAACAAAUACCUCACUGUAAAUAAGCGUCUUCCUGCACUUCUGGAGAAAAAUGCCAUGCGGGUGACACUUGAUGCAACUGGAAACGAGGGCUCCUGGCUCUUUAUUCAACCAUUUUGGAAGUUGCGCAGUAAUGGAGACAAUGUGGUGGUUGGUGAUAAGGUGAAUCUUAACCCAGUCAAUGCAGGACAGCCCUUGCACGCUAGCAACUAUGAGCUCUCUGACAACCCUGGCUGCAAAGAGGUGAAUUCACUUAAUUCAAACACCAGUUGGAAGAUUAAUCUUUUCAUGCAGUUCCGAGAUUACAUGGAGGAUGUCCUAAAGGGGGGUGAUGUGGUACGGCUCUUCCAUGCUGAGCAAGAGAAGUUUCUGACAUGUGAUGAGUACAAGUCAAAGCUCCAUGUUUUUCUACGCACUACUCUGCGGCAGUCAGCCACAUCAGCUACUAGUUCCAAUGCUCUCUGGGAAGUAGAGGUUGUGCAUCAUGAUCCAUGUAGAGGAGGAGCAGGCCACUGGAACAGUCUUUAUCGAUUUAAACAUCUUGCUACUGGGAAUUAUCUGGCAGCAGAGGAAAAUCCAACUUACAAAGGAGAUGCCCCCGAGUCUAAAUCUGGAGCAGCCUACGCAGUAGCAAACACACGUCCUAACCGUAGAAACGCAGGGGAGAAGAUCAAGUAUCGCCUUGUAGCUGUACCACAUGGGAAUGACAUAGCAUCUCUUUUUGAACUGGAUCCUACCACUCUGCAGAAGACAGAUUCAUAUGUUCCCAGGAACUCGUUUGUGAGAUUAAGACAUCUGUGCACCAACACUUGGAUUCAGAGCACCAAUGUCCCCAUAGAUGUUGAUGAAGAAAGACCAAUACGUCUUAUGCUGGGUACCUGUCCCACAAAAGAAGAUAAGGAAGCAUUCGCUAUUGUUUCUGUACCUGUAUCUGAGAUUCGGGAUUUGGAUUUUGCCAAUGAUGCAAGUUCUAUGCUAGCAAAUUUUGUGGAACGUUUGAAUGAGGGAUUCAUCAGCCAAAAUGAUCGGAGGUUUGCCAUCAAGCUUUUAGAAGAUCUGGUUUUCUUUGUAGUCGAUGUUCCCAACAAUGGUCAAACUGUGCUGGAUGUAACAAUCACCAAACCAAACCGGGAACGGCAGAAGCUUAUGAGGGAGCAGAACAUACUUAAGCAGAUAUUUGGUAUCCUAAAGGCGCCAUUCAAGGACAAAAAUGGCGAGGGUCCGCUGCUCAGACUAGAAGAACUUUCUGACCAGAAAAAUGCUCCAUAUCAGUAUAUGUUUAGAUUGUGCUAUCGAGUGUUACGUCAUUCUCAGGAUGAUUACAGGAAGAAUCAGGAACACAUAGCCAAGCAGUUUGGUGUCAUGCAGUCUCAAAUUGGCUAUGACAUUCUAGCAGAGGACACUAUUACUGCCCUGCUACACAACAAUCGUAAACUUUUGGAGAAGCACAUCACAAAAACUGAGGUAGAGACAUUUGUUAGCCUUGUGAGAAAAAAUCGAGAACCACGGUUUCUAGAUUAUCUUUCAGAUCUAUGUGUGUCUAAUCAUAUAGCAAUCCCAGUUACUCAGGAGCUAAUCUGUAAGUGUGUACUAGAUCCCAAGAACAGUGAUAUUCUCAUAAAGACAGAGCUUAGACCAGUAAAAGAGAUGUCCCAGUCUCCGGAAUAUAUGAGUAUUGAGUACUCUGAAGAGGAGGUGUGGCUCGUCUGGUUAGAUAAAAACAAUGAUACACUUGAUAAAAGCAUCCGCCAGCUGUCACAAGAGGCGCGAGCAGGGAAUGCUCAUGACGAGAAUGUACUCAAAUACUACCGGUAUCAGCUAAAACUUUUUGCACGGAUGUGUCUAGAUCGCCAAUACCUUGCUAUACAUGAAAUCUCCAAACAACUAAGCGUUGACCUCAUCUUUCUCUGCAUGGCUGAUGAAACAUUGCCUUUUGAGAUCAGAGCUUCUUUUUGUCAUCUCAUGCUGCAUGUCCAUGUUGACAGAGACCCUCAAGAACUGGUAACACCAGUAAAAUAUGCCCGACUUUGGACAGAAAUACCUACAGCCAUCACCAUCAAAGAUUAUGACUCCAGUGAUUCCAGAGAUGACAAGAAAAAUAAGUUUACAAACACAAUGGAAUUUGUGGAAGAUUAUCUGAAUGCAGUUGUCAGUGAAUCAAUGCCAUUUGCCAAUGAGGAAAAAAACAAGCUUACAUUUGAGGUGGUCAGUCUGGCUCGCCAUCUGAUAUAUUUUGGCUUCUACAGCUUCAGUGAACUUCUGCGGCUGACACGGACUCUUCUAGGGAUCAUUGACUGUGUCCAGAACCCACAAGCAAUUCUGUUGCACGCUAUGUACAGUGAUGAUACAGCAGAAAAAAAUGUCAGGCGAUCUAUACAAGGAGUGGGGCAGAUGAUGUCUACAAUGGUUUUGACUCGGAAGCAAUCUAUGUUCAAUUCCUCUUCACCUGUGAAUUCUGUAGUGAGUCAGGACAAGUCUAAGAGGAAGAGUGUGGAUACGGAAAAUGUCACCGUCAUGGAAACCAAGCUGAAAAUCCUGGAGAUCCUGCAGUUCAUCCUGAAUGUAAGAUUGGAUUACAGGAUAUCGUAUCUACUCUCCGUUUUCAAGAAGGAAUUUGUGGAAGUUUUUCCCAUGCAAGACAGCGCAGCGGAUGGGACAGCACCAGCAUUUGACAACACAAAUGCCACCUUAAAUCUGGAGCGUAUUUCAGAACAAGCAGAAGCUAUGUUUGGAGUGGGGAAGAAUACUAUGCUGGAAGUAGAUGACGAGGGUGGCAGGAUGUUUCUGCGUGUCCUCAUACAUCUGACAAUGAAUGACUACCCCGCUCUCAUCUCUGGAUCUCUACAACUUCUUUUUAAACAUUUUAGCCAAAGACAAGAAGUGCUGCAUACAUUUAAACAGGUUCAGCUGCUGAUCUCAGCCCAAGAUGUUGAUAAUUACAAAGUGAUCAAGUCUGAGCUUGACAGACUGAGGACCAUGGUAGAAAAAUCUGAACUCUGGGUUGACAAGAAAGAAAAAUCAGGGAGUAGUGGUUCAUCGGAUAGUAACAAAAAGGAGAAAAAAGAGCAUGAAGGGGAUCAGGGGAGCACUGGAAAACCAGCUACAGAGAAGAGCAGUGAGAAUUAUCAGAUUGUUAAGGAGAUCUUGGAAAAAUUGAAUAAAAUGUGUGGUGUCGGAGAGCAAGUCCGUAAGAAGCAACAAAGGUUAUUAAAAAAUAUGGAUGCCCAUAAGGUUAUGCUGGAUCUUCUUCAAAUCCCAUAUGAAAAGGGAGACAUGAAGAUGAAAGAGAUUUUGAAGUAUACACACCAGUUUCUGCAGAAAUUCUGUCACGGGAACCCGGAAAACCAGGCUCUGCUGCACAAGCACCUUUCCUUGUUCCUGACCCCUGGUCUACUGGAGGCUGAGACCAUGCAACAUAUCUUCCUCAAUAACUACCAGCUUUGUACAGAGAUACAUGAAACUGUCCUUCAACACUUCAUCCAUUGCUUGGCCACCCACGGACGGCAUGUCCAGUACUUGGAUUUUCUGCACACCAUCAUCAAAGCUGAGGGAAAAUACAUUAAAAAGUGCCAAGACAUGAUCAUGACAGAGCUGACCAAUGCAGGAGAUGAUGUGGUAGUCUUCUACAAUGACAAAGCAUCAUUUGCUUCAAUGCUGGAACUGAUGGCAGCAGCUCGUGAAGGUGUGGAGGAAAACAGUCCACUUAUGUACCACAUAUCAUUGGUUAAUCUUCUUGCAGCAUGUGCUGAGGGUAAGAAUGUUUACACCGAGAUCAAGUGCACGUCUCUGUUGCCUCUGGAGGAUGUAGUGCGAGUGGUGACCCAUGAGGACUGUAUCACAGAGGUGAAAAUAUCUUAUGUAAACUUUGUGAACCAUUGUUAUGUGGAUACCGAGGUAGAAAUGAAGGAAAUCUAUACCACUAACCACAUAUGGACCCUCUUUGAGAAUUUCAUCCUGGAUAUGGCUCGAGUAUGUAACAAGCGUGAGAAGCGUCUUCCUGAUCCCACCUUAGAGAAGUAUGUUCUUACUGUGGACUUGGAGACAAUAAGGUCCUUCUUUAACUCCCCAUUUUCAGAAAACAGCACUUCACUGCAGACUCAUCAAGCUAUAGUUGUCCAACUACUCCAGUCAACUACUCGACUUCUUGAAUGUCCUUGGCUUCAGCAGCAGUAUAAGGGCUCAGUAGAGGCAUGUAUACGGGCCCUGGCCAUGGUCGCCAAAAGUCGGAGCAUAGCUCUACCUAUGGACUUAGAUUCACAUGUGAGUUCUAUGCUAAACAGCUCCUCUAGUUCUCUGUUAAGAAACCAAACCACAUACAAGCAAUCUACAACCACAAGAACCUUCACUCGUGCCAGUGCCACUCAGAAUCAGUGGGACUACAAAAAUAUUGUGGAGAAGUUACAGGAUAUUAUAAACACAUUGGAGGAAAAGUUAAAGCCGCUUGUAGAAGCUGAGCAGUCUGUACUUGUAGAUGUCCUCCACCAUCCUGAACUACUUUUUGCAGAAGGAACUGAUGCUCGUGUACGAUGUGAGACUGGAGGCUUCAUUUCUAAAUUGAUUCAACACACCAAAAAUCUUAUGUCCUCUGAAGAAAAACUGUGUAUAAAGGUUUUACGGACUUUACAGCAAAUGCUGAUGAAGAAAAAUAAUUAUGAAGAACAGGGAAAUUUACUAAGGAAAACCCUUCUGAGUAAUUACCUGCAAAACAAGAAGUCAAAUACUAAAGGCGAGACAGCUGACAUCUCUGUCAUAGGUCAGGAUCAAGAUUGGUCUCUAAUAGCACAGGUUCAGUGUAAAUUAGACCGAGAAGGAGCCACCAAACUCGUGGCUGAUCUAAUUAUGAGCUCAAAGAACGAUAAGAUCUUUCAAGAAAGCAUUUUAUUGGCCAAUAGGUUACUUGAUGGUGGCAACACUGAGAUACAGAAUUCAUUUUACAAUUUAUUAAAAGGUGACAAUAAGUCAGAAAAGUUUUUCAAGGUUCUGAAUGAAAGAAUAAAAUGUGCCCAGCAAGAAAUAAAAUCCACUAUGUCUGUAAACAUGAAUGAUUUAGGGGCUGGAGAUGUCCAGGAACCUGCUACGAACCUCACCUCGAAAGCUGCAGCAGGAGUGCCCCACCAAAAAGCGCAUGAAGGAGGGGAGAGUGGAGAAAGAAAUGAAGUGGGCCCACUUGUCUUAAUAAUGGAGCCUAUUCUGAGAUUUCUUCAGCUGCUGUGUGAAAACCACAACCCAGAUCUGCAGAAUUACUUGAGGAGUCAAAGCAAUAAGACCAAUUAUAACCUGGUAUGUGAGACCUUGCAGUUCUUGGAUAUUAUGUGUGGGAGCACUACAGGAGGACUUGGCCUUUUGGGUCUCUACAUCAAUGAAAAAAAUGUGGCUCUUAUUAUUCAGACCUUGGAAACCCUCACAGAAUAUUGCCAAGGACCUUGUCACGAGAAUCAGUCCUGCAUAGUGACACAUGACUCCAACGGUAUUGAUAUCAUAACAGCCCUAAUACUUAAUGACAUCAGCCCUUUGUGUAGGUAUAGGAUGGACCUUGUUUUACAACUCAAGGACAAUGCCUCAAAGCUGCUAUUAGCUCUUAUGGAAAGUCGUCAUGACAGCGAGAAUGCAGAAAGAAUACUUAUAAGUCUAAGACCCCAGGAACUGGUGGAUGUCAUGCAGAAAGCUUAUCUACAGGAAGAAGAAGGGGACAGUUCUGAUGUGUCACCCAUGGAAGUUGGACAUAAUAUUUACAUCCUUGCUCUACAGCUGGCGCGGCAUAACAAACAUCUUCAACAACUUCUGAAGCCAGUUCGAAGGAUUCAAGAAGAAGAAGGAGAGAGCAUCUCUAACAUGUUAAGUCUAAAUAAUAAACAGCUGAGUCAGAUGCUGAAGUCAACAACUGCUCCUGUACAGGAAGAGAAGGAGGAUGCGAUAGCGUUUUAUGCCAAGCAUACUGCACAGAUUGAGAUUGUGCGUUUAGAUCGAAGCAUGGAGCAGAUUGUAUACCCUGUUCCAAACAUCUGUAAGUUCCUGACAGAAGAGACCAAGCACCGAGUUUUCACUACCACAGAGCAGGAUGAGCAGGGCAGCAAAGUUAGUGAUUUCUUUGACCAGUCAUCGUUUCUUCACAAUGAGAUGGAGUGGCAGAAGAAACUGCGAAGUAUGCCUUUAAUGAACUGGUUUUCACGAAGAAUGGGCCUUUGGGGAACAAUUUCCUUCAACCUGGCAGUUUUCAUUAAUCUGAUCAUUGCCUUCUUCUAUCCAUAUGUAGAGGGGACAUCUAUGGGAAUUCUGGAUUCCCCUUUGAUUUCUCUUCUUUUCUGGGCCAUGGUCUGUUUCUCAGUUAUGUCUCUCUUCACCAAGCGCUAUGGUCUACGACCCCUUAUUGUGGCAUUAAUCCUGCGUUCUGUGUACUACUUGGGAAUAGGCCCUACGCUUUACUUAUUGGGAGCACUAAAUUUGACGAAUAAAAUCGUUUUUGUAGUUAGCUUUGUGGGCAAUCGUGGCACCUUCAUUCGAGGCUACAAGGCUAUGGUGAUGGAUAUGGAAUUUCUUUACCAUGUUGGCUACAUCCUGACUAGUGUCCUGGGAGUCUUUGCUCAUGAACUGUUUUACAGCAUUCUGCUGUUUGACCUGAUAUAUCGUGAAGAGACGCUGUUUAAUGUGAUCAAGAGUGUGACACGUAAUGGUCGAUCAAUUCUUCUGACUGCCUUGCUUGCCCUGAUUCUGGUCUACCUCUUCUCCAUUGUGGGAUUCCUCUUUUUAAAAGAUGAUUUUAUGGAAGUGGAUCGACUACCCAAGGUUGACAUUUUAUCUCCCAACACAAUGACCCAGUCAUUUGGAUCAAACACCUUUGCAGAGUAUUGCAGCGCGGGCCAAACUGACUGUACUUCUGAUGUUACAGUACUAGAAAAUACAGAAGAUGAAGAAGAUGACACGGAGAGAGCUUGUGACACGUUGCUCAUGUGCAUCGUCACCGUACUUAAUCAUGGCUUAAGGAAUGGAGGAGGUGUUGGAGACAUUUUAAGAAAACCCUCUAAAGACGAAUCCCUCUUUCCAGCUCGGGUGAUCUACGAUCUCCUGUUUUAUUUCAUUGUCAUCAUCAUUGUCCUGAACCUAAUCUUUGGUGUCAUUAUUGACACGUUUGCAGAUUUGAGGAGUGAGAAACAGAAGAAGGAGGAGGUGCUGAAAACAACCUGUUUUAUUUGUGGACUGGAGAGAGAUAAAUUUGACAAUAAGACCGUGUCCUUUGAGGAGCACAUUAAGGAGGAGCACAAUAUCUGGAAUUAUCUGUACUUCAUCGUGCUGGUGAGAGUGAAGAACAAGACGGAUUACACUGGUCCAGAAAGCUAUGUGGCUCAAAUGAUAAAGAGAAGGGACUUGGACUGGUUCCCCCGGAUGAGAGCGAUGUCUUUAGUCAGUAAUGAAGGGGAGGGAGAGCAGAAUGAAAUUCGUGGUCUACAGGACAAACUCAACUCAACUGUGCGGCUCGUAACGCAUUUAACAUCACAGCUCAAUGAGCUGAAAGAACAGAUGACCGAGCAACGGAAGAGACGGCAGCGGAUGGGAUUUGUAGAUGUACAGGCAAAUGCGGGACAUGCAGCAGCAAGCAAUCAGAUAGUAGCCAGCCAGUCCUAGUGCGCUUAUGCACUGAAAAUUAAUUCUGCACUGUAAAACUAUGUUGUGGACUACUUUUGAACACAUUGCCAAUGAUGUUACAGUGGUGAAAAAUGCUGCUUUUUUACAUACAAGAAAAGAUAUUCAAUGUAAAUAACACCCACUGUUUACAAUGGCAGCAAUUCACUGCAAAAUUAGAAUAUAUAUAUAUACAUAUACACACACACAAACACUAAAAUAAAUGCUGAAAUUAUAUUAUGUCUUUGUUAUGUCAUGUCAUUCAUGUUUGUAUGGCGCACAACAGUGAUUGUACCACUAAAAAGAUGUAUAUGAAGCAAUACUUCAAAUGGUGGUCACCAAACCCCCCAAUAAAAGGCAGUCAUAAUACUGA